AUGGCAAGAGGAAAUACUCCAGUAAGUGGUAUAUCUGGUGACGCAGAAAAAUCAAGAGAUGUUGUUGGUCGUCAACGUACCAAUAUUUCAGUGUUGAAAAAUGUAGUCCUGAUAUGGUUGGAUGAACAUAUUGAUGAUAACAACGAGAUAUGCCAGAAUGUGGUGACGAAACUACGCAAUAUUAUUAACAACAUAAUCACAUAUACUGAUGAUGAUCAAUGUGUUCAAUAUAUCGACAGCAUAAGUAAUGACAAGGUAUACUUGAUCGUUUCUAGUACACUUGGGCAACGUGUUGUGCCGUACGUGCAUCUUCUGUCCCAAGUGGACUCUAUUUUUAUUUUUUGUGGUAACAAAAAGCGAUAUGAACAAUGGGCAAAAAAUUGGCCCAAAAUCAAAGGUGUUUUUAUGCAAAUUGCACCCAUUUGUGAAGUCCUAAAGCAAACUUCAUCAGAAUACGAAUCCAAUGCCAUAUCAAUUAGUUUUAUGGCAACAAACGAUCAUGAAACGAACAAGAACUUGAAUCAACUCGAUUGUUCCUUUAUGUAUACACAGAUCCUGAAAGAAAUAUUAUUAACCAUCAAAUUCAAACCAGAGCAUCUUGAAGAAUUCAUCAAUUUUUGUCGUGAACAGUUCGCCAAAAAUGACACAGAAUUGAAAAAUAUCAAACUAUUUGAACAAGAAUAUUACGAUCACACACCCAUUUGGUGGUACACAUCUGAAUGCUUUCUAUAUCCAAUGCUUAAUCGAGCCUUACGAUUAAUGGAUGUCGACAUUAUCAUCAAAAUAGGCUUUUUUAUUCGUAAUCUGCAUGAUGAUAUUGAACAAUUAUAUUCCAAGCAAUUUGCUGGAUAUCACUCUGGUAAAACUCUCACCCUCUAUCGUGGGCAAGGUCUUUCGAAGAGUAACUUCGAUCAAAUGAUGAAAACUAAAGGUGGGUUAAUAGCGUUCAACAAUUUUUUAUCUACCAGUAAAAAUCGAGAUAUCUCGCUUGGUUUUGCUCGUAAAACUCUUUCAAAUCUUGAAUUGGUUGGCAUUCUCUUCACCAUGACAAUUGAUCCUUCUAAAUCAACAACACCAUUUGCUUCCAUAAUCGGUGUCAGUGAAUUCGCAGAUGAAGAUGAAGUUCUUUUCUCGAUGCACACCAUUUUUCGUAUUCAUGAUAUUAAACCAAUCAAUGAAAAUGAUCGUCUUUUUCAAGUAGAUUUGAUAAUGACGAGUGAUAGUGAUAAAGAUCUUGAAAUGCUUGCUAGUCGAAUGCGGAAAGAGACAUUUUCAGAUGCUGAAGGAUGGUACAAAUUAGGAUUAGUGCUAAUUAAGAUGGGUCAUCUCGAUAAAACUCAACAAAUUUAUGAAAUUCUACUUAAACAGGCAACGCAUGAGAGUGACAAAGCAUCUAUUUACAACCAGCUUGGACGAAUCAAAGAUUUUCAAGAAAAAGAGAAUGAAGCAGUGAAAUUCUAUGAAAAGUCACUUGAAAUUUACCAAAAAACUCCUCCUCCGAAUCGUCUUAACAUAGCCUAUGUCUACAACGGUAUCGGUAAUGCUUAUCGCAACAUGAAUGACUAUUCAAAAGCACUUUCGUCUCAUGGAAUAGCUCUUGAAAUUCGACAAGAGCUACUUUCGUCAACUGAUCCUGAUGUGGGUUAUUCCCAUAACAACAUCGGUAUGGUGUAUGAAAGGAUGCAAGAUUAUACAAAUGCACUUUCAUCUUAUAAAAAAGCCUUGGAAAUCCUACAACAGAAACUUUCUUCGGCUGAUCCUAAUUUGGGUUUUUUGUACUAUAAUAUCGGUAAUACGUAUUAUAAUAUGGGGGCGUACUCGCAAGCACUUCCAUUUUACGAACGCGCUGUGGAUACAGCAGAACGAGCAUUGCCGUCAAAUCAUCCUCGCCUGCGAAAUUGGAGAAACAGUCUCAAACUUGUAAAAAUGAGAUUAUAA